AUGGGCGGAGACAAUGCUGGAGAACUUUGUGACCCGGGAUUUUAUUGCAAGAAGGGAGCAAAGAGUGCAACACCUCUUGAUGGCGUUACAGGUGACAUUUGUCCUGUUGGUCACUAUUGCCCAUCGGGUUCUGCUGUGCCAACACCAUGUGAAAAUGGGAAAUUUGUGAACCAUACAGGGGCAGAAGAAUGUUUCACCUGCCCUGAAGGAUACCAGUGCACAAGCAGAGAGGAAGCUGAACCUUGCCCCCAAGGUGCAUACUGUCCAAAGGGUACUGGUGUAUCUCCCCAACCUUGCCCUGUUGGAACAUUUGGAGCAUCCCAGGGACUGACGAAGAUAUCUGACUGUACUCCAUGUCUUGGUGGUUCCUACUGCAGUAGCCUAGGCCUAACACAAACUGAAGGCCCCUGUGAUCCUGGAUUUUAUUGUGUAUCUGGAGUUAAUUCUCCACAUCCCUCCAUGCAUGUCAAUCAUACAGGGAAUGGUGGAGAAUGCAGUGCGGGUGCCUACUGUCCCAGAAAUUCUACGCUACCUAUACCGUGCCCACCUGGAACCUACAACUCUGAAACAGGUCAGAGUAUCUGCCAAAAGUGCUUAGCUGGUUAUUUCUGUUUGGGUGGUCUUUCCAACCCAUAUCCACUACAAUGCCUGUCAGGAUAUUACUGUCCAGAAUGCACCCGCUUUGCGAAUGAAUUUCCAUGUCCUUCUGGGACCUAUGGUAGUUUGCCUGGCCUACAAAGCUCAGCUGGAUGUUUGCCUUGCCCUCCAGGUCAGUUCUGUGAAGGAAAUGGUUUGAGUUCACCCAGUGGGAACUGCUCUGAAGGUUGGUUUUGUACUGGAGGCGCAUCCACAAGCAGGCCCUUGUGUUCAGGUGACUUUUUAAACAGUUCCAAUUGUGGCAACCCGGAAAGUGUUUCCCCAGGAAAUCGUUGCCCUUUAGGGUCAUUCUGCCCUGAAGGGUCCUCUCUCCCGCUAAUCUGUACAGCAGGGUACUACUGUGAUCAAUAUGAGCUUGCCGAUCCAACAGGGCCUUGUGAUGCAGGGUAUUAUUGCCCUAUUGGCAGCACUGAUCGUGCUCCAGACCAAUUCAAGUGUAUUGCAGGGCAUUACUGUCCUGAGGGUUCAGCAUUGCCUGUACCAUGCCCUGAAGCAACAUAUUCCACAACAGCUGGGAACAAAGCAUUGGACAACUGCCUGCCAUGCACACAAGGUGUUGAUUGUCCAGUUGGCUAUUACAGCAAUAAAACUGGUUUGACAUCUCCAGAUGAUUGCACCAUUUGUGACCCUGGGUUUUACUGCAAUCGCCCUGGGAUGACAUCACCCCAAGGUCCAUGUGCAGCGGGGCACUACUGUAAACUGGGUGCUCAAACACCUAAUCCAAACAAUGGGACUGAAGGACUCCUCUGCCCUGCUGGCUACUAUUGUACAACUGGAACAACAAGACCAGCCCCUUGUCCAAUUGGGACCUACAAUCCUUCAAAAGUUGAAUCAGAGAAGUGGUUCUGUGACUGGCCACUAGUAGAUCUAUGUGAAGACAUUUACAAGUGA